AUAGAUGCAUACAUAUGUAUAUACCAGUACAUAUUUCUGAUUGCUUUCGAUCCCACUUUGGAGUUCAAUUAAAGGUGGUGUGAUGCGCGUGGUGUGAUGCUCGAAAGAUGUCUGUGAUCAGUUUUUUGUCAUCUUAUAGCAAGAUAACGACGGGAAUGCCAAGGAUUUUGUCGCGUCAUGAUAGACGAUAAAGCAUCAAUUACUACGGAAACUAAGUAUCGUAUGGUAAAUGUGGAUCGGGACGAUAACUCGAGGGAGACGCGCGUAAAAGCAACGAUGCCUUCGGAAUUGAGAUCAAUCAGCGCGAGUGACUGGAUUACAGUCACCGUUCUCUGUUUCGUAAAUCUUAUAAAUUAUAUGGACCGUUUUACGGUCGCCGGGGUUCUGACUGAUAUCAAGAAGGAUUUUGAUAUCGGUAAUGAUUUCUCUGGACUAUUACAAACUGCAUUUAUCUUGAGUUACAUGGUGUUUGCACCAUUAUUUGGAUACCUGGGAGAUCGCUAUAGUAGAAAAUUGAUAAUGAGUAGUGGUGUAUUCCUAUGGUGCUUAAUGACAUUUAUUGGUUCAUAUAUGAAGUGUUAUGGAUGGUUCCUAUUAUUUAGAGCUCUUGUUGGUAUAGGAGAAGCAAGUUAUUCUACAAUUGCACCAACAAUAAUUAGUGAUUUAUUUGUGAAAGAUGUACGUUCCAAAAUGCUUGCCCUAUUUUAUUUCGCUAUUCCAGUUGGAAGUGGUUUGGGGUAUAUCAUAGGAGGUGAAACAGCUCGUAUCACUGGUAACUGGCAAUGGGGAUUACGCAUUACUCCCAUAUUAGGUAUUGUAGCGAUUAUACUGUUACUCACUGCAGUUAGAGAUCCUAUUAGAGGUGAGCGAGAAGGUGGUGUUCAUUUGACGACUACCACAUGGUCGCAUGAUAUCAAGGAGUUAUUAAAAAAUCCAAGCUUUAUGCUGUCUACUGCAGGAUUUACUUGUGUGGCAUUUGUCACUGGUGCUCUGGCAUGGUGGGCGCCGACAUAUCUACAAUAUGGUUUUAAAUUACUUCCUUAUAAUGUGAAUAUAAAUGCAGAAGAUGUCGCAUAUAAAUUUGGAUUAAUUGGUAUGGCAUCUGGUCUAAUAGGUGUACCAUUAGGUUCUACUAUAGCACAAAAAUUACGAACUUAUUGGCAACAAGCUGAUCCUCUGAUAUGUGCUGUAGGGCUUCUAAUAAGUGCUCCUUUAUUAUUUUUUGCUAUGAUUACUGCCAAUACAAACUCUACUCUCUGUUACAUAUUAAUAUUUUUUGGUCAAUUGUCAUUAAAUUUGAAUUGGUCUAUCGUAGCAGAUAUGUUAUUGUAUGUAGUAAUUCCUACAAGGAGAUCAACGGCAGAGGCAUUCCAAAUACUUAUAGCACAUGCUCUUGGAGAUGCAGGAAGUCCCUAUCUUAUUGGACUUAUAUCAGAAGGAUUAAAGUCCACUUUUUUACUAGAUUUAGGUGCAGGAGGACAAUCUGUUCAUGACAAUCAAAAUAUCAUCGAGUUUCGUAGUCUACAAUAUGCAAUGUUUCUUACAAUGUUUGUAGAAGUAAUUGGUGCUCUGUUUUUCUUCCUGACAGCAUUACAUAUACAAAAAGAUAAAGCAUUGGUCGAUCUUGCUAUUGCAGACAAAUUUCUAGAUACUAAGAAUAAUGGGCAAGCUGAAUCAACGCAUUUAUAGAUCAUCACUGGGCCUCACCUGAUAGUGUGCUGUGUAUCUGGUGGAAGUAUUUCAGACUCAGUAUGUAUUUGCAACGACGCAGUUGACAGUGAAUUACAAAAUGAUAGAAAUACGAUACUAGAAUAUAAUAGGCAUUACGAGGAACCAUCUCAUAUAUAGGUCUUGUAAAGUCUUAAUUCUUUAGAUAAUUUAUGAUUAUUAUGAGUGUACAGUUCUAUCAAACGUAGAUAUUGACUUGGUUUUAUAAAACAAGAUGUGUCGUGACAUUGACACAAAAAUAUAUAUGUUCUGUAUACAGAACGUAUCUGAAAAAAAAUUUACAUAUAAUCAUAAUUAAGAGUAUUCUCAGAGAGCUAGUUACCACUGUUAAUAGUGUACAAAACAUUCGAUUCGCAAACAAUGAAACUCUUAGGAUGUGAAUGAAACGCCGCUUUUAUAAAUUGUAUAAUAUUUUUAAAUAUUAUAUUUUUAUAAUCGCUCAUUGCAAAUUCACAUUUAACAUUUAUUACUGAAAUCAUCAUAAUAGAUGCAAAUUAAAUGAACGAUAAAACAGUUAAUACAAUAAGGCUAUAUUACUGAAAUCAUUAUAUAAUAUGCAAUUAAUAACAUAGUAUUAUUGAAAUCAUCGUAUAAUAGAUGCAAAUUGAAUAUAAAAUGAUAAUAUAAUUAAUACAAUAAGGCUAUAUUAGUAAAUAAUUUGCAUAUAAGAUGCAUAAGUAUUUUCUGGUUAAAUUAUCAGUAACAUUCACACUGUUUUUAUUAAACUAUAAAAGUACUAACAAUUGCGUGAUUCUUUAUAAAAAAUGUUGUUAUGAACUGUAUUCUAUAAAACUAAUAUAAAAGAUUAAUUAUUAUACAAUAUAUUACUAUUAAGUUUGCCAAUUUAACUAAGCUAAAUGUAGAUAGACAUUUUGAUAAUUAUAAAUAUAAAUAUGACUGUA